AUGGAGGAAGAAGGGGACCGGCCUGGCAGCUCUAUCGGCAGCGAUGGCAGCAGCGGUGCGAGGGAGGGAGUGGAUGUGCAGUCUGACACAUCUCAGCUGGCCUCUCCUGCAAGUCCGCAUCCCUCGGUGCAUGUGGUGCUGCUUUCCGCGCGCCCCAUCGUGCGCCGCUUCCAUGUGGCCAUCAACCACUCGCGUGUAGCUGCUUUCUCCCUCUGGCGCCCCACGUCUCCUCAGAACCAUGCACUGCUUCCUCUUGUGCCCACACGGCACCUCUCGCUUUCAACCAAUUCCACCCCUCUUCACCACCUCACAUGGAAAGCCGGCUUGCCUCUGCAGCAGCAGCAGCAGCAGCCUGGAAAGAGCCAUGAUGCUGGCCACACAGUUCCUGCAAGCGGCGGUGCUAGCGGUGGUGAGGGAGUUAGUCAUUCGAAGCUACAACCCACUGCCCUGCUUGUGCUCCACAUGCGGGAGAGAAUUGUGGAAAAGACACGAGGCCAGGAGGAUGAGGAUUCCAGGAGGCCGCUGGUGACCGUGAGAGGGGACGUGAGCCUUGACGAUGGGGAUGCCCACGAAAUGGAGAGCUUUGACGAGGGAGUUGAAUUGAGCUUGAAAAGGGUUGUCGAAUCUUUGCCGCCGUACGUGAGCGUGUUUGCCAAGAGCUCCUUUCCGUUCCCCUUCACAUUUGUGCAUAGGCUGUUCAUUGACUAG